AGUGUCAGCUGCCAAUCAAAGUUUAUCUCGAGAAAUUAACAUCUUUAAUUCACAGAAAAAUUGAAUUGUUUAUGAAAAUGAGCAGCCAGAAGAGAGAACAGCCUUAUCGUGUCAUUCACAAACUUCCUCCUGGCGAUAGCCCUUACGUUCGCGCCAAGCAUCUCCAGCUGGUUGAUAAGGACCCAGAAGCGGCUAUAGCUUUGUUUUGGAAGGCGAUAAAUGUAGGAGAUAGAGUAGAUAGUGCACUUAAAGACAUGGCAGUAGUUCUUAAACAGCAAGAGAGAGCAGAAGAAGCUAUUGAAGCUAUAAAGUCCUUCAGGGUUCUCUGCUCAAAGCAAGCCCAAGAAUCACUAGACAAUGUCCUCAUUGAUUUGUACAAGAAAUGUGGUAGAAUCAAUGAACAGAUAGAACUAUUAAAACAGAAGCUUCGAAUGAUUUACCAAGGAGAGGGCUUCAAUGGAAAGCCUACUAAGACAGCACGCUCUCAUGGAAAGAAGUUCCAGGUCACCGUCAAGCAAGAGACCUCCAGGAUACUGGGAAACUUGGGUUGGGCAUACAUGCAACAAGGAAAUUACAUGGCAGCAGAAGUCGUAUAUCGUGAAGCUCAGCUAAUCGACCCUGAUGCCAACAAAGCCUGCAAUUUAUGCCAGUGUCUUAUCAAGCAAACACAAUAUGCCGAGGCUCAGUUAGUUAUUGAAGAUUUAUUACAAGGUAAAUUAUCAGGGUCAGCUGAUCCCAAGUCUACUGACCGUGUCAGGGAGCUCUUGCUAGAGAUAGAGAAGUUGCAAUCUGGACCUUCAUCUUUAACUACAACAAUACUUAACUUAGAAGAUGCAUUUUUGGAGGGCCUCCAUCUGAUGGACCGUCAGACCAAACAUAGAUCAAGAAGGCUUCCCAUCUUUGAAGAGAUCUCUUCUUUUAGAGAUCAAUUAGCUUGUUGAUUUUGUGUUACUCUUCCCACAGCAUAGUUUAGUCUGUUGGGCCUGAAGGAAAUUACAAGUUAGGACUAGACUCUGUAUACGAACAAACACACUUAAAAGUAAUUAUAUAUCUUUGAAAUAAAACUUCAUCUGUCAAUUGGAUA